ACUGCGAGUCUGCGGCUGUUCUGUACGCGCUUCGAACAGCCUCACUUCAUCCAGCCGGCCAGCAACUACACCAAAGUUGCACCACAAGACCGAGGACCGGAUUCGCAGUACAAGAAAAAUGUUACUCGAAGAACAGCGAUAUCUCCACGAGGACCUUGAGCGCCUCGAGCAAGGCAUCGCGGAUCGCAUGCGAGACGAACCCAAGCAGAUCCGUGAUCGCUUAAACCGAGACCAUGAAGUCGCACAAUUGCUCGACCAGAUUCAGCGCCAAUCAGCCGAACUGCUUCCUCUCUACGAGGACAAGUCUGGGCUACGAUCCAAAGAAAUCCUUCAAAUCAGCACUGGCGACCCGUUUGAAGAAUUCUACCGGCAGGUUGCCAGCAUCAAGGAACACCAUGCUCGGUACCCGAACGAGCAGGCCGAGAACUCAGAGCAGUGGUAUCGACCACGCAAGGGCGGCGACGAUCAACCAUGCAUCGUUGACAGCAUGUUCUCGGGAGAGGAGGCGUAUGGCCGGUUUUUCGACCUGCAUAGUUCGCAUGACGAGUAUCUUAAUCUUCCAGGGGUGAAGCGUCUUGCCUACAUGCAGUAUCUCGACGUUUUCGACAACUUCCAGCCAGGCUACGGUGGCGUGAAGCGUGCGGACAAGUUAACAGACCAGUAUUUCAAGUACCUCGGGGGGCUUAUGGAAUACUUGGAGUCUUUUAUGCGACGGACGCGACCGCUGGAGAACAUUGACGAGGUCCUGAACGGCUGGGACCGUGACUUUGAAACUGCUUGGGACAAAGAUGAAGUCCAGGGCUGGGAGAAGCAGAAGCCGGCGGCCAAAGCGGAUGCUCCAGCGCGGACGCUAAGUACCGCCGAGGCGGUCUGGUGUGAAGCGUGCGAGAAAGAAUUCAAAAAUGAGAACGUCUACAAGGGCCAUCUGAGCGGCCGGAAACAUAUAAAAGCUGCUGAGUUGCUCGCGCAGCCGGAGGAUGGGCCCAACAGUAAUGCUAACCAUGCGCAUGCAUCAUCAGCACGCCGGUCAAAAGAGCGAGCGGUUGCCGAGCGAGAAUUUCGAAUCAAGAAAUUGGUUGGCGCGAUGAGCGUUGAGAGAGACGACACGCGGGUGAACGUGGAGCGCCGGCAAGGGAUGACGGACCGCGAACGGGCACAGGAGUUGGAGAACUUCUACAACAUGAGUUCUGCGCCGCAAAACAAGGGCGGCGAGGAGGAGGACCAAGAGCAAGGCGACGAUAAGCCCUAUAAUCCGCUCAAGCUACCUCUGGCCUGGGACGGCAAGCCUAUCCCAUUCUGGCUGUACAGGCUGCACGGCUUGGGCCAAGAGUUCCCCUGCGAGAUAUGCGGCAACUUUGUCUACCGCGGCCGGAGAGCCUUUGACAAACACUUCAACGAGACCAACCACAUCACCAACCUCAAGCGGUUGGGCAUCACCAAUACCUAUUUGUUCCGGGACAUCACAUCUAUAGAGGAAGCUGUGAGACUGUGGGACAAGAUUCAGCGGGAUCAGCAAAAGCACCACAUUGACGAUGGUGCAGUGGUUCAGAUGGAGGAUGCCGAGGGCAACGUCAUGCCUGAAAAGGUCUAUUUGGAUCUCCAGAAGCAGGGCCUGCUCUAAUCGUGGCAGAUUAGCAGAGAUGAGUUUGUAUUUGUAAGGCCCUUUGUAGGUUUAGCAUAGCUGAUACCCAGCAAAACAUUGGUUUGGUCGGAAGAUGCAAUGCACUGCUUGAAGUGCAAUGGGUAAAAGAACUUGAAAGUCCACUGUACCUUGGGCAUG